AUGUCAGACGUCUCCAGCGAGGAAGUAUAUUUAGAAGAAGCUAGUUUAUGGCAAGAAAAUGUUAGGUCUUUAGUGGCAGGUGGUGUUGGGGGUGUUUGUGCUGUACUGACGGGUCAUCCGUUCGAUUUAGUCAAGGUUCGUUUACAGAAUAAUCAAGCUAGCUCUACUGUCGAUGCUAUUAAAAAAAUUCUUAUUGAUGUUCAGGUCCAAAAUCGUAUCAAAUUCAAUCCAAUAAACUAUUUUAAAGGUUUUUAUAAAGGUGUCAUACCGCCACUGGUCGGUGUGACUCCAAUUUUCGCUGUCUCCUUUUGGGGCUACGAUGUAGGUAAAAAAAUUGUCUCUUAUACAGCAGAUUCAUCAAAUUCAAAUAACUCGUUGUCCAAUCCCCAGUUAGCAAUGGCUGGGUUCUUGAGCGCUAUACCAACUACUUUAGUGACCGCUCCAACGGAAAGAAUUAAAGUUGUGUUGCAAACACAACAGCCCGGUGUUAAAAAUUCCUCCAUGAUCUCGGCGGCUACAAGGAUAGUGAAAGAAGGAGGAGUUAAAUCAUUAUUUAAAGGUUCAUUAGCGACCUUGGCAAGGGAUGGUCCUGGUUCGGCAUUGUAUUUUGGUUCUUACGAAGUGUCAAAGAAAUUUUUGAACUCAAGAAGUUCAAAUAACAACGCAAAUGGAGAUGAAGUUAAUUUAUUAAACGUUUGUUUAAGUGGUGGUAUUGCGGGCAUGUCCAUGUGGGUAGUGGUUUUCCCAAUUGAUACAAUAAAGACCAAGUUACAAGCAGGCUCGACGAAAACGCUGAACGGAGGAAGGGUUAAUAUGGUCUCUGUUGCAAAAGAAAUUUACUUUACGAAAGGAGGAUUGAAAGGAUUCUUCCCCGGUAUCGGACCUGCCCUUUUAAGAUCAUUCCCCGCAAAUGCUGCAACAUUCUUAGGUGUCGAGUUAACUCAUUCAUUAAUUAAAAACUACAAUCUGUAG